UUUUCAGCUCCAUUAUCAUAAUUCGUACAUGCAAAACCAUCUAUAUAUAUAAAGUAAAUAUAUAUCUAUAUUUGUAUAUGCAUUCUGAAAAGAAGACAAAACACAGGCUUCAUUCUUCCUCUGUGUGUGCUGUUGCACAGAGAAAUUCUGUAGGAGAAUAGUAAGAAAAAGAGAAGAAAAAAAGGACAAAUUAAACCACUCUUGCCUUUUUCUUAUUCUUCAUUUUUCCUCAAUGGGAAUCAAGAAAGUUAGGAACCAUUUUUUGGUUCUGUUUGUGUUGGUUUUAUCCUCACUGGCUUUUUGUUCAGUGAGAGGCAGUGUUUCCUAUGAUGGUAGAUCAUUUAUCAUCAAUGGGAAGAGGAGGAUUCUCAUCUCUGGCUCUAUUCACUACCCAAGAAGCACUCCUCAGAUGUGGCCAGGUCUUAUGCAAAAGGCUAAAGAUGGGGGCUUGGAUGUUAUACAGACUUAUGUUUUUUGGAAUGGGCAUGAACCCUCUCCUGGAAAAUACAAUUUUGAAGGGAGAUAUGAUUUGGUUAAGUUCAUCAAACUGGCUCAGAAAGCAGGGCUUUAUGUUCAUCUCCGCAUUGGCCCAUACAUUUGUGGAGAAUGGAAUUUUGGGGGAUUCCCUAUUUGGCUAAAAUAUGUGCCCGGGAUCGAAUUCAGAACUGACAAUCAGCCUUUCAAGGUGGCUAUGCAAGGAUUUGUCGGGAAAAUUGUGAACAUGAUGAAGUCAGAAAAACUGUUUGAAUCUCAGGGUGGACCGAUAAUUAUGAGUCAGAUUGAAAAUGAGUAUGGACCAGUGGAGUGGGAAAUUGGUGCUCCGGGUAAGGCUUACACGAAAUGGGCGGGGCAGAUGGCUGUAGGUCUGAAAACCGGUGUUCCCUGGAUUAUGUGUAAACAAGAGGACGCUCCGGAUCCUAUUAUUGAUACCUGCAAUGGAUACUACUGCGAGAACUUCCAUCCCAACAAACCAUAUAAGCCCAAAAUGUUUACCGAACUCUGGACUGGAUGGUAUACACAGUUUGGUGGUCCAGUUCACCGAAGACCCGCAGAAGACAUAGCGUUUUCUGUUGCAAGGUUCAUCCAGAAUAAUGGCUCGUUCGUCAAUUAUUACAUGUACCACGGAGGAACGAAUUUUGGAAGGACAGCUGCAGCUCUUUUCAUUGCUACUAGCUAUGACUAUGAUGCUCCGCUAGAUGAAUAUGGGCUUCCCAAUGAACCAAAAUACGGGCACCUGAGAGAUUUGCAUAAAGUUAUCAAGCUUGCAGAACCGGCUUUACUGUCAUCAUAUCCGGCAGUUACCUCGCUUGGAGAAAAUCAAGAGGCUCAUGUCUUUCGAUCAAAAUCCGGGGCAUGUGCUGCAUUUCUUUCCAACUAUAACCCCCAAUCUUCAGUAAAAGUAACGUUUUGGAAUAAGCAACACGACCUGCCUCCUUGGUCAAUUAGUAUUCUACCCGACUGCAAGACGGUUGCUUACAACACCGCAAAGGUUAGUUCCCAAAGCUCACAGAUUAAGAUGACACCAGUUGUGGGUGGUUUCUCUUGGCAGUCCUACAUUGAAGAAAGUCCGACUUCAGGUGACGGGGACACGCUUGUGGGUAAUAGAUUAUGGGAGCAAAUAAACGUAACCCGAGACUCCUCAGACUAUUUGUGGUACAUGACAGAUGUGAACAUUGAUUCCGACGAAGGAUUUCUAAAGAGCGGGAAGUACCCGGUUCUAACAGUUUUGUCUGCCGGUCAUGUGUUGCAUGUUUUUGUUAAUGGUCAAUCGACAGGAACUGUAUAUGGAGGAUUGGACAAUCCGAAAGUAACAUAUACUGGCAAUGUAAAACUAAGAGCUGGUACGAACAAGAUUUCCCUGCUUAACGUCGCUGUUGGUCUCCCGAACGUUGGCCCACAUUUCGAGAGAUGGAACGCUGGAGUUCUUGGUCCAGUCUCGUUGAGUGGUCUUAACGAGGGAACAAAAGACUUGACAAAGCAGAGAUGGUCUUACCAGGUUGGUCUUAAAGGCGAAUCGCUAAGCCUGAAUACAAUAAGCGGGAGUUCCUCUGUCGAAUGGGAAGCUUCGCUUUUGGCUAAAAAGCAGCCACUAACUUGGUACAAGGCCACGUUUAAUGCGCCUAAAGGAAACGAUCCGCUGGCUUUAGACAUGAGCAGCAUGGGGAAAGGUCAGAUAUGGAUAAAUGGCGAAGGCGUAGGACGCCACUGGCCUGCAUAUACCGCUCAUGGAAGCUGCGGCGGGUGCAGCUAUGCUGGAACUUAUAGUGAGAAGAAAUGCCAGACUAGUUGUGGACAGCCAUCCCAAAGAUGGUAUCAUGUGCCGCGAUCGUGGUUGAGACCAACUGGAAAUCUUGUGGUUGUGUUUGAGGAAUGGGGUGGUGAUCCAACUGGAAUCUCCUUAGUAAGAAGAACCAACUGAUUCAGCCAGAUUGGUUUCGUUCUCAGUACAUAAAAUGGAUUGGUCCCAGGUGAAGAAGACAUUUGCAGAAGAAGUUUCCUCCAGUCUUUGAUUUUAGGGGAGGCUGAUAAUUUAUUUUGGAUAUGCAAUUGAUUAUUUGUACAGCAUGUCUGUAUUCCAUAAGUCCGUAAUACAAUUAUUUUUCAAUUUAUAAAUAUAAAACUAUUUAAAAUUCACUUA